AUGUUAAGUAGGCUGGGGAUUGGGCUCGAACGAAAUGCUCCAGAGACUAAUCUUAGGCCCGAAUUGUGCACUGUUUCGAUCAUUUUUAAGUUCGAAGAACUCGCAUUUAUGAAGAGGAAGGACCCAUAUUCUAGUUUUGAAAACAAAGUUAAAUCGCUACCUCCAGGCACUUCACAGCAUAAAAUCGCUGAAAAAUUAUGCGUUCCGAAAUCAACGGUGGCGAUACUGCUUAAAGAAGAAGUCAUUUUACGUGAAAACUUCAAUUUAACUCAAACUAGUAAUCAAAAACGUAAACGAGAAGGGAAAGAUCCCGAAGUUUACGAGGCCUUAAGUGAGUGGUUUUCAUUGAUAACAAGUCGCGGUGUUCGCGUGUCUGCGCCAAUGUUAAAAUGUAAAGCCGAAGAAUUAUCCCGGAAAAUUGGUAACAAUCAGUUUAUUGCUACUGAUGGUUGGUUAAGCAGGUGGAAGAAUAGACACGAGAUAAAAUUCAAACGUGUGCAUGGUGAAAAAGAUGAAUCCGCCUCUAAUGAUUGGAAAGUUGACAGGCUAAAAAUAAAUUUGAACGACUUUUCCCCAGAUAACAUAUUUAAUGCAGAUGAAACUGGACUGUAUUAUCGAGCGAAACCCGACGGUUCUUUAUGUUUCAAAAAAGACGUUCUAUCUGGUUCAAAAAAAGCAAUGGAUUGGAUUACAGUCUUAUUAUGUGUCAAUAUGACCGGGAGUGACAAAAGAAAGCUGCUAGUAGUGGGGAAAAGCUUAAAACCUCGAUGUUUUAAAAAUAUGUCUAUAAAUAAAAUGCCAGUGCAUUACCACGCGAAUAAAAAUGCAUGGAUGACUUCAACCAUAUUUUCAAACUGGCUAUAUGAAUGGGAUAAGAAAUUGCAAGCAAAAUCUAGGUCCAUACUUCUUCUUAUUGAUAACUGUGCUGCACAUCCAAAAAACGUUCAACUCAAAAACAUCACUUUAGAAUUUUUGCCCCCAAAUACGACAUCCUUAAUUCAACCCUUAGAUAUGGGUAUUAUCAAAAACCUCAAGGUGAGAUAUAGAAUGAAACUAGUUCAUUUUAUUCUAGAAGAGAUUGAGGAAAACCUAUUUGAUCAAUCUGCAACUGCUAAUCAAAUAAGUGGCUAA